CUCGGAUCAAGGUACUUCAUUGGGCACGCACACUCAUCCCAAUCUCUAUCCCCACCAUGGCCGGAAUUCGCGCCGUGCUUGCCGCCACGGCCGAGAUUCAAACAUUUCAUCAAGACCCGAAAGCGCCCGCCGCCUGCUCCCGCGCGACGCUGUCCGCCUCUUCGCGGGAAAUUAUUUCCUCCCGCAGAUGGAAGAACAAAUUCGCCCGCAGCGCAGACCGGCUCGGCUUUAAUAGCUUCACAGACGAUCGGCUGAGAAGAAUAAUCUCCGCACAUGGGGGAUUUCUCGAAGCGGGAGGGCUUCCCGCCGCGUCUCUAGCGGCCGUAGCUGCCGCCGCGAUUGGCGGGGCGGCGAUCACCGCCAUGGCGGCGGGAGGAUUUGGAGGGAAACGCGAUGCGGCGAGGGCGGCCGUCCGACGUGGCAUGGAGCUAUUCGUGGAGAACGACGUGCAGGGCUCUGUGGUGGAAUUCGACAAGGCGCUACGGCUGGACCCCUCGCAGGAGCCAUACCUGUGGCAGCGGGGCCUCUCGCUCUACUACCUUGGAAGGUUCCAGGAAGCAGCAGAGCAGUUUCGCAAGGACGUGGCGGUGAACCCCAACGACACGGAGGAGGCCAUCUGGUGCUUCUUGAGCGAGGCACAGCUGCUGGGACCACAGGAGGCGAGGCAACAGUUCCUGCUAGUGGGACAGGACCCUCGGCCCGUUAUGCGGGCUGCCAUGGAGGUCUUUAAAAAGGCCGGCGAUCCUAACGAGAUCCUAGCAGCGGCGGCAGCUGAUUUUGGGCGGCCAUCUGCCCUGUUCUACGCGAAUCUCUACGUCGGGCUGUACUAUGAGAGCGAGGGUGACCAAUACAAGAGCAAAAGUUACAUUGUCACGGCUGCACAAUCCCCAUAUGGAGUCAGGUCGGGUGACUACAUGGCAGCACUGGCAAGAGUGCACUGCCAGCAACGAGGGUGGGUGUGAGGCCCCGCCGCAGCGCCUCGCCUCUAGCAGUCUGAUGUGCUUAAUAGAUACUUCGGGCCGUGUGUGUGUCAUGAUCGGCAUCAAUGCAUGUGUGGUGCCUGAGGCGAGGUGCGACGGGCGUUCCUGGUUCAAACAGUUGAGAAGCAGUUAUCCCUGAUAUUGUCAGCCUCGAGAGUACUACUAGUACCGGUUGCUAAUUAGCACAAUCUGUACAACGAAAGAGC